CUGAUCAGGCGAACGUUACAGCUGCCAAUGUUUAGGUCCUGUGAGCUUAUGAGGUAGUUGGGUUGCUGAAGUUAGUUUUUCAAGGCAUUAAAGUUGUUAUUUUAAAUGCUUAUACGGCACGAAUUUGGAUCAAUGUAAAUGACCAAUGCUGCCAUGACUAUAGUAAUUGGAUUUGAGGGCAGUGCCAAUAAGAUUGGAGUAGGAAUCAUCAGGAAUGGUGAAGUGCUUUCCAACCCUAGGCGGACCUACAUUACACCCCCAGGUCAAGGGUUCAUGCCGAGUGACACAGCCAGGCACCACCGUGCUGUCAUACUAAGCAUCCUGAAGGAAGCACUGGAGCAAGCAGGGCUGAAGCCUGCAGAUAUUGACUGUGUGGCAUACACCAAAGGUCCCGGUAUGGGUGCCCCGUUGGUGACGGUGGCCAUUGUGGCUCGUACAGUUGCACAGCUCUGGGGGAAGCCGCUCCUUGGUGUCAACCACUGUAUUGGACACAUUGAGAUGGGCCGGCUCAUCACCAAAGCCAACAACCCCACUGUGCUUUAUGUUAGUGGUGGGAAUACGCAGGUUAUUGCAUACUCAGAGCGACGGUACAGGAUAUUUGGGGAGACCAUUGACAUUGCAGUUGGCAACUGUUUGGACAGGUUUGCCAGAGUUAUUAAGAUUUCCAAUGACCCAAGUCCAGGCUACAACAUAGAGCAGAUGGCCAAGAAAGGGAGUCAUUACGUGGAGCUGCCAUAUACAGUCAAAGGAAUGGAUGUCUCAUUUUCUGGGAUUUUAUCUUACCUUGAGGAUGCUGCUGACAAGUUGCUGAGCUCGGGUCAAUGUACAGCAGAGGACCUAUGUUUCUCCCUGCAGGAGACGGUAUUCUCAAUGCUAGUUGAGAUCACAGAGAGGGCCAUGGCUCACUGUGGCUCUCAGGAGGUCCUCAUUGUUGGGGGUGUUGGCUGUAACCUGCGUUUGCAGGAGAUGAUGGGGGUGAUGUGUAAGGAGAGAGGAGCCAAGCUGUUUGCCACAGAUGAACGAUUCUGCAUAGACAACGGAGCAAUGAUUGCUCAAGCUGGCUGGGAGAUGUUUAGGUCUGGUCAGGUGACAGCACUGGAAGACUCAUGGAUUACACAAAGGUACAGAACAGAUGAAGUGGAGGUGACAUGGAGAGACUGACUGAUGAAUGUUGCUAAAUACGUUGUUGCAGCAGGUCUGUUACAACUGUAAUA